GCUGGUUGAUGGUCAUGUGAUACGUGCUGCCUCCUCUGUCGUCGUAAGGCAGCUGGAUACAGUUAAAGUUGUCUGAAGUUAAAAGUUAGUAUCUCUGGGAUAUACUGUUGGUGUUAAACCCACCACCACCAUGGCAGGAUUAAGCUUUGUGAUCUCCAUGUCUGUGGUGACCCUGUUCUGGGGUAUAGUUGGAGGAGUGGUGCCCUGGUUUAUCCCCAAAGGACCAAACAGAGGAGUGAUUGUCACAAUGCUGGUGUUAACUGCUGUUUGCUGCUACCUGUUCUGGCUGAUAGCAAUUCUGGCCCAGCUGAACCCACUCUUUGGACCUGCUCUGUCCACUGACACCAUAUGGUACUUGAGGUAUCACUGGCCUUAAAUGCACCCUCCAGAUCUCCCGGCAGUGCAACAGGGGAGGAGCUGACGCUGCUGCGAACCAAUGGAGCAUUCGCUCUUCACUUCAUGCAGAGAUCAUUCCUGCUGAAUCGCCUUAAACUCUGUUCGUUGUGUGAUUUCUGAGUGAUGCCCACACCAGUGCCUUGUACAAAAAAAUGAUUCCCAAAGGACUCUCUGAAAAAUCUCGCUGAAUGUGUUUUACUUUAAAUUAAAGCGACCUUGACGUGGUGAUGUUUGGUUUAUAUUAUGUAUAUUGUGUUUAAUGCUAUUGUUAAUAUAAAUUACUUUGCCAUUACAAAGUUAUGUGGUGUGUUGUGUUUGAUGUCAUAUCCUUUUGUCUGUUUAUGUUAGUGAUGAAUGUAAUCUGUUAAGUAGUUGUCAAUUAAUAAACAAAUAACCACCUUCA